AGUAUUUUUAUCAAAAAGUUUACAGGAAAAUAAAGUUUACAAUUUUGCUAACUAAUUCACAGUAUGGUGACGUUGGAUAAAGGAUGUUCUCUUAUCUUGCUUUGUGCUGUCCUGACAUGGAAUUUGGUUUGUAAGCUAAUGCAUUCAUCAAUCUUCGAUUUUAAUUAUAAGAAUAUAUACAUUUUUAUUUUUUAUUACGAUGUAAAUUGUGACGUGUAUGACAGUGCGUCAGCAACGAGCUGUCGAAGGAUGAAGUGGACAAAGUGAUAGAAGAUGACCUAACACAGAAACUGAGCGAAGAUUUGCUGCAGAGCAUCGAGAGGAAGUUCCAAGUGGAUCUACAGAGAUCAGUGGACAUCGUGCUGGUGAAGAUCAGACUAUUGCUGCAGAAUGGAACAGCACACAUCCAGGACAGCCUUGCGGAGCUGCAGAGUAUGCUCGACUUGAUGAAGCAGCAGAUGGGGGAACAGGUUGAUACAUGCUUGAAAGAUAAGCAGAACGAGACAACAGCGUUGGCGGAGAAAGCACUGCAUCAGAUGGUGGUAUGCGGGUACGCGCUGAUCGGGCAAGACCCCAGUCAUGCUGUCAGCAGGGUUGUUGACCUUAAGAACAUGAUCCGAGAGGGCGUUAAGCCGAUACACGCUAAGAAAGCUGAGAUCGACCAGCUUCUGAAAGUAUGCGGCCAUGAUCAUGACUCGUUGAAAAAUGUCAUCAAAUGUGUUAUUUCUAAGUCUCCAAUUAUAAAAGUUUCCAUGAUGGAAAUAACAGGAAAGCUGAUAGAAGGUGUAGUGGAACUCACUAAAUUGAUGGCUCACGGCGCUAUGCAUGAAGCUUGCCUCAUAGAAGUAGUUAAAACUCUAGAAGAUGAGGCAUUUGAUGUUAUAACCAAAGUCAAAUAUUGUGCUUAUGGUAACUCUAGUUAUUUCGAUGAUGUUAAUAAUUAUAUAGCUGAUAAUAAUGCAACAGUACUCGAUAUCGAUAAUAAGACAAAACCCGAAGACUUGAUAGAAUACAAGAACAUCAGUAAUACGUCAGAAAUGAAAGAGUUACUUCGCAGAAUGGUGCAGGAAAGUAAAAAGAAAGAGAUCGAUGAGAAAUUGAAAGAAAAGUUUAUAAAGUUGCAAAAUGAAUUUGAUGAAACAAAUGGUAUUACAGCUAAGUUGUAA